ACGACGAGUCGGGUUGCCGUGCAAACGGCUGUGUACGCGCCUCCCCGUGUUCUUUGUUUCGGUCGCAAUCAUGCCCAUAUGCGCAAUAUUUGGUUGCCGAGCAAGAAGCAAGAGUGCAAAGAGGGCCAGCUGCGAUGGAACAGACGUUGGAUUGCACAGUUUGCCUAAAAUAAUAACUCGGCAGUGUGAAAGGACGAGGAUUCUCUCCGAAAAACGCAGGGGUCUCUGGCUUGCCAGUAUUAAUAGAAAAGACCUAAAGAAUCUGGAAAAUGUCCGUGUCUGCGGUCGCCACUUCAUCACAGGCAGGCCUUCGCAGUUGAUGGACGAUUCAAACCCUGACUGGGCUCCGACGCAGCAUCUGGGUCACGGUAGUGACAGACCAGUGACAGAUGUAGCGAGGUUCAAGCGUUCGAAGGAGCGCAGCAAAAAAAAAGAAAGGGCCAUUGCCGCAGCCAGCGUAGCAGUGCAGCAGUCUCCGCUGGCUACUGAGACCCCGCCAGAAAACUGUGCAAGCCCGGAAAGUCAGCCGGAAUGUGGAAUGGAGCUUCCAGUUUCCACUUCGGAUUCGGAGUCAGACAAAACUCAUACUGAUAUGCAGACAGAUUUGACGGGGCAAAGCAUCGAAGCACUCGAGGCAGACAACAGGAGGCUUUCUUCCGAAUUGCACACCUUAAAGAAGCAAAAAGAGCUUCUUGAAGUAACGGAAGAGUCUCUGCGUCAAGAUGAUGCCAAGGUUGCUUUUUAUACGGGAAUUGUGAACUAUCCAGCCCUACUAGCUAUAUUCGAACUGGUUGAGCCUGCUGUUAAACAUACACCACAAAAUGGGCUGCCAAAGUUUGAGGAGUUCAUUAUGUUUUUAAUGAAACUUAAGUUUAACUUUCCGCACCAAGAUCUGGCCUACAGAUUUCAUAUUUCAUGUUCUACAGUCAGCAGGACUUUCGAGAAGUGGCUGGAUGCAGCUUUUGUAAGGCUGAAAACGCAAAUUGUGUGGCCGUCACGAAGGGACAUUCAAAAAACAAUGCCUCAAGCUUUUUUUGACUCAUUUGGCUCUAAAGUGGCAGUCAUAAUUGACUGCUUCGAGAUCAAAAUUGAGAGGCCAUCGUCCUUGCAGCCAAGAAGCGAGACUUGGUCUAACUAUAAGAACAGCAACACUGCCAAGUUUUUAAUUGGCAUCUGUCCACAAGGGGUCAUUUCAUACAUUUCUGAAGGGUGGGGCGGGAGAGCAAGCGAUAAACACAUUACCGAACAUUGCGGCAUUUUGGAGCAUUUGUCACAAGGAGACGUUGUUCUCGCUGACAGGGGUUUCGACAUAGCGGACACCUUAGGUUUGUACUGUGCUGUACUCCACAUCCCUGCAUUCACUAGAGGACAGAAACAACUCACUGCAGUGGAUGUAGAGAAGACGAGGAAGCUGGCGAAUGUUCGCAUCCAUGUUGAGCGCGUAAUAGGACUUGUACGGAACAAAUACUUGAUAAUGAAGGCUAUCCAGCCAAUUCAUUAUGUCAUUAGCAAGCCCGGACAUGCAUUCACUGCACUUGAUAAAAUUGUUACAGUUUGCUGUGCCCUCACCAACCUUUGUCCUUCGGUCGUCGCUGCAAAUGCCAAACUGCCUCCAUAAAUAGUCCUGCUGCUGUUCUUUGCCGAUUGAACAUCUUCAUUUGUGACUUUUUUAUGCGAUAAAGACUCACCCUCAAGGUAUAUUUCUUGACCAACAGCACUAGCUAGUGGAGGGGCCCCAUCACGGCAGCUAUUAUCAGUGCACUGCUGGACAAGACAGUCCACCGACAUGUUGUUAGAACAUUGUGUGUCAAUAAAGAUGUUUUCA